CGCCUGAGCAUCACCGACUACCAUGGCCGCCUCCAAGGAAAUCAGCCUCCAGUCGUCCGAAGUGCCACUGACGCCGUGCAGCCCGUCGCCGGACGCGCCCUUCAACGGUGUCGACGACGCCGAGAUCCAACUCGAGGACGAAGACACGACCUUCGCUAACCUGCCGUGGCACAUGCAGCUGGCCUGGGGUAUCUUCUACCUCGUCCUCGCUUUGAGCUCGCUCUACUUCUUCAUGGUUGCCGUCAAGUGGAUCGGCGAGUCGUUCUCGCUCCUCCUCGGCUGCGAGGCCAAGGGCGCUUUCGCGUUCGCCGACAACCCGGUGGCCGGCCUUAUGGUUGGUAUCGUCUCGACCGCCAUUCUGCACUCGUCCGGCACGGUCACGUCCAUCAUCGUCGCGCUCGUCGGCUCCAAGGGCCUCACGGUGCGCCAGGGCGUCCCGAUCAUCAUGGGUGCCAACGUCGGCACGUGCGUGACCUGCAUCAUGGUGGCGUUCGCGCAAAUGGGCAAGCGCGACCAGUUUGAACGCGCGAUGGCGGCCGCGACCGUCCACGACAUGUACAACAUUUGGUCGGUCAUUAUCCUCUUCCCGCUCGAGCUGCUCUUCCACCCGCUCGAGCUCCUCGCGACGUCCAUGUCGGGUGGCCAGGCCAACGCGUACUUCGAGUCGCCCGUCGACAUCGUUGUCAACCCGCUCGCGUCCAAGCUCAUCCGUGUCGACAAGUCCAUGAUCGAAAAGGUCUCGCUCGGCAAGGUCACGUGCGAGAAGGCGGUGUUCCUCAAGGGCGGCGCGUUCCUCGACUCGUACAAGUCCGGCUCCAUGAGCGGCGGCGCCAUCGGUGGCAUCUGCCUCGCCAUCGGCUUUACGCUCCUCGUGCUCUCGCUCCUCGCGCUCGUGUACAUGCUCCAGAAGCUCUUCCGCGGCUCGGCGCAGAAGACGAUCCGCAAGGCGCUAAACUUCAACGGCUACGUCAACAUCCUCCUCGGCACGCUCAUCACGUUCUGCGUGCACUCGUCGACGGUGGUCACCUCGACUUUGACGCCGAUGGCCGGCCUCGGCCUUGUCACGCUCGAGCAGGUCUACCCGAUCGUCAUUGGCGCCAACCUCGGUACGACCGUGACCGCGCUGCUGGCCUCGUGGGUGACCGGGUCGCCGGAUGCGGUCGCGAUUGCCUUGGUGCACUUUUGGUUCAACAUCCUCGGCAUUGUCCUCUUCUACCCGAUCCCGAUCACGCGCAAGCCGAUCCUGGACUGGGCGCGCCGCCUCGCGUACUACAGCGCCCGCUGGCCGGUCGUCGCCGCGCUCUUCCUCGUGCUGCUCUUUCUCGUCAUCCCGGGCCUCGCGCUCGGCCUGACGUACCUCUACAAGGCCGGCACGGUCGGCCUUGUGCUCGCGAUCUUUAUCAGCGUCGGCGCGGUCGCGACGAUCGGUGGCUUCUACUUUUGGUACCUCAAGAAGGGCGGUCGCAGCACGUGGCACGCCUUCUUGGAGCGCAAGGCUGAGGCGCACGAAGCCAAGAUGGCCGAAGCCGACAAGGUCGAAGCCGACAAGGUGGUUGUCUAAUUAGAUGCCUGGAUGUAAACUAAACGAAUGUGUA